CAACCUUUUGUUUAAUAAUUCCUUAAAACCAAGGAAAGAAGAAAGAGGAAACGAAAAAAACAAAAAGGAAGAAGACAAAACCGACUAUCACGCAUUGUCUGGUACGUAGAGCCAAAAGGAACAAUGCCUCUGUUUUAGUGUUUUCUUUCUUAAAGUUUUUUCCCAAAACACAAACAACAUUUCACACACACGCUAUUACUCACAAGAUAACCACCAGAGACGUGGAUAGAGAGAUAAAGAUUGAGAGAACCCUCUCACUCCCAAAAAAAAAGCUUUAGACAUUUUCUCUAAAUCCAUAUUCUCUGCAUCUUUCAAGAAAUUCCGAAUCGUGGGUUUGGUUCUUCUCGUUACGAGUCUCUCAAAGUUUAAAUCUUUCUUUACAAAAAAGGUUACUUUUGGUUCUGAGUAAAUCAAAAUCAAGCUUUUGGCCUUCAAUGGUGGCUAUGUUUCAAGAAGAUAAUGGAACAUCUUCUGUAGCUUCAUCACCACUUCAAGUCUUCUCAACUAUGUCACUCAACAGACCGACUCUCCUCGCUUCUUCAUCUCCGUUUCAUUGUCUCAAAGAUCUCAAACCAGAGGAGCGUGGUCUCUACUUAAUCCACCUCUUGCUAACUUGUGCCAACCACGUGGCUUCAGGUAGCCUCCAAAACGCUAACGCAGCGCUCGAGCAGCUCUCUCACCUCGCUUCUCCUGACGGCGACACGAUGCAGCGAAUCGCUGCUUACUUCACCGAAGCGCUUGCUAACAGAAUCCUUAAGUCCUGGCCUGGUCUUUACAAGGCUCUUAACGCAACUCAGACAAGAACUAACAAUGUCUCUGAGGAGAUUCAUGUUAGAAGACUCUUCUUUGAGAUGUUCCCGAUACUCAAAGUCUCUUACUUGCUCACUAAUCGAGCUAUACUCGAGGCUAUGGAAGGAGAGAAGAUGGUUCAUGUGAUUGAUCUCGAUGCUUCUGAGCCAGCUCAAUGGCUUGCUUUGCUUCAAGCUUUUAACUCUAGGCCUGAAGGUCCACCUCAUUUGAGAAUCACUGGUGUUCAUCACCAGAAGGAAGUGCUUGAACAAAUGGCUCAUAGACUCAUUGAGGAAGCAGAGAAACUCGAUAUCCCGUUUCAGUUUAAUCCCGUUGUGAGUAGGUUAGACUGUUUAAAUGUAGAACAGUUGCGGGUUAAAACAGGAGAGGCCUUAGCCGUUAGCUCGGUUCUUCAAUUGCAUACCUUCUUGGCCUCUGAUGAUGAUCUCAUGAGAAAGAACUGCGCUUUACGGUUUCAGAACAACCCUAGUGGAGUUGACUUGCAGAGAGUUCUAAUGAUGAGCCAUGGCUCUGCAGCUGAGGCACGUGAGAAUGAUAUGAGUAACAACAAUGGGUAUAGCCCUAGCGGUGACUCGGCCUCAUCUUUGCCUUUACCAAGUUCAGGAAGGACUGAUAGCUUCCUCAAUGCUAUUUGGGGUUUGUCUCCAAAGGUCAUGGUGGUCACUGAGCAAGACUCAGACCACAACGGCUCCACACUAAUGGAGAGGCUAUUAGAAUCACUUUACACCUACGCAGCAUUGUUUGAUUGCUUGGAAACAAAAGUUCCAAGAACGUCUCAAGAUAGGAUCAAAGUGGAGAAGAUGCUCUUCGGGGAGGAGAUCAAGAACAUCAUAUCCUGCGAGGGAUUUGAGAGAAGAGAAAGACACGAGAAGCUUGAGAAAUGGAGCCAGAGGAUCGAUUUGGCUGGUUUUGGGAAUGUUCCUCUUAGCUAUUAUGCGAUGUUGCAGGCUAGGAGAUUGCUUCAAGGGUGCGGUUUUGAUGGGUAUAGAAUCAAGGAAGAGAGCGGGUGCGCAGUAAUUUGCUGGCAAGAUCGACCUCUAUACUCGGUAUCAGCUUGGAGAUGCAGGAAGUGAAUGAUAUAUUACAGUUUGUCUUCUAUUUUGGUUAUGAGCAGAGUCCCUUUCUUUUUUGUAUACAUGGGGACACAAUCUUAGUUGUUUUGUGAUGGUGACUUUCUGUCUCUUUAUGCUAUUUUGGCUUAAAUGCUUCUACUGCCUCUGCAUGUAAAGCCUUUGUGUGUUGGUUCAAUUUGGUCUGGUGUGGGUGUAAUACCAAACCAAAUCCAAUUUGAGCUGAAGAUAACUAAUUUGAUGAUCGGUUCAAGUUCAGAACUCCAAAUUCUUUCAGAGACCAGCCAAACUUUGCCUAUCUUUAAGCAGGUGAUCUUGUCAUUUGUGUAUUGUAAAUAACUUAAACUCGGUAUAUAUAUUUAGGUUACUAAAGGACAUGUUCACUAUCCAAAGAGUAUACGACUUAUCUGCUGUCCAAAUACUUUGUAACCUAAAGUUCACGUGCUUCAUUUACAUUGAAUCUAGUUUAACCUAAUCUUCUUGCUU